UGUUGUUUUUCCUUCUGUUAAAACUGUUUUCCGCAUUUUAGAUAAAAAUCACAGAUGGGCUUCCUUGCCUGCGGGAAGAGGGAAUGUGGUCAAUAGGCAACUUUCAGUGGGGUUGACCCAAGUUUAAAAAAAACCUGUGUAAACCCACUAAUUUAAAUCAAAAAGCGGGAUAUUCGUAAGGCAUGAAGGUUCAAGAGACACUUUGAUGUUGCAUUAUGGGUAAUGUAGGAUCCAGUGUUUUGGAGGGUCUCACCAAAAGUCAUGAUAGUUUGGCCACUGCUGGUCCUCACCACUGUGUUUUUGUCUCACAAGUCUCUCAGCUUUACCGAAGCAAAAUACAUAUUUACAGGAUAGAGAGUAAACUUUUAAGACAAACAUUUUAUGAUGACAUUUUCUGUAUCUGUCUGGAGGUCAACUUAUAAUAUAAUUUAUAAGGGUGCUGCUUGCCUGACAGACAGACAGACAGACAGACAGACAGACACCACUCAUGACUGCUUUGUUUACGUCCAGCACACAUAUGGUUAAUCAGGAUUGACAAGCCAAGGGUAGUUGCGCAUGCGCAGAUGGCGCUGACAGAGGAAACAGCCGGGGAGUAGUCAAACAGUCUACGAUCAGAGAGGAAGAGGGAGGAAAACCAAGAGAGGACCAACAACCCGGGUUCAGCUGGGUUUUCUCCCACUCAGAACAAUUAUGCUCGUCUCGCCGCGGUCGCUUCCUCUCAGGUGUCCGCUUCCCGGUCGCUGAAUGGCGCUGGUAACCGUGCAGCGUUCACCGACCCCCAGCACCAGCUCCAGCCCCUGCGUUUCGGAGUCCGGUAGUGGGGAGGAUGACCGCCGCUCUCAGCCAAGGAGCAUCAGUGAAAGUUUCCUGACAGUUAAAGGAGCUGCUCUCUUUUUACCUCGAGGAAAUGGCUCCUCCCCCUCGUCUGCCUCUCGCUUCUCACAGCUCCGCAGCAAACAUGCAGGAGACAUCCAGCAGCAUCUACAAACCAUGUUCACGCUCCUCAGACCAGAGGACAACAUCAAACUGGCGGUUCGGUUGGAGAGUGCCAACGCUCAGAUCAUCCGCUACAUGGUGGUGGUCUCAACCAACGGGCGGCAGGACACGGAGGAGAGCGUGGUGCUGGGAAUGGACUUCAGUCCUGUAGAUAGCUCGUGUUCUGUUGGGCUGGUUUUGCCUUUAUGGAGCGACACGUUGAUACAUCUGGAUGGAGAUGGGGGUUUCAGUGUGUCAACGGAUAACAGAGUGCAUGUAUUCAAGCCUGUUUCUGUGCAGGCCAUGUGGUCGGCCCUCCAGUCACUCCAUAAGGGAUGCGAGGUGGCCCGUUGUCACAACUACUUCCCAGGCAGCUUGUUCCUCACCUGGGUCAGCUACUAUCAAAGCAGAGUCUCCUCAGACCAGGUACGCAUCAACGAGUGGAACGCCAUGCAGGACGUGCAGUCACACCGUGCCGAUUCGCCCGUGCUCUUCUCUGACAUACCGACAGAACGAGAGCUGACCGAGCGUCAGAUCAAAAACAGUUUGAGGGAGAUCAUGAUGCAGAAAGACCUCGAGAAUGUCACCUGCAAAGAGAUCCGAACAGCGCUGGAAAUGCACAUGACGUGUAACCUCCGAGAGUUCAAGGAGUUCAUCGACAGUGAGAUGAUUAUCAUCCUGGGCCAGAUGGACAGUCCUACAGAGAUCUUUGAUCACGUCUUCUUGGGAUCUGAGUGGAAUGCAUCCAAUUUGGAGGAGUUGCAGAAGAGCGGGGUUCAGUACAUCCUGAAUGUAACGAGGGAGAUUGAUAACUUCUUCCCCGGUGUGUUUGAGUACCACAACAUCCGUGUUUACGACGAGGAGGCCACCGACCUGCUGGCUUAUUGGAAUGACACCUACAAGUUUAUAUCAAGAGCCAAGAAAGCUGGAUCCAAGUGCCUGGUGCACUGUAAAAUGGGAAUAAGUCGCUCUGCAGCCACGGUGAUCGCGUACGCCAUGAAGGAGUACGGCUGGGAUUUGAAAAAAGCCUUUGAUUACGUCAAGGAGCGCCGAGCUGUGACCAAACCGAACCCCUCUUUUAUGCGACAGCUGGAGGAGUAUCAAGGCAUACUGCUGGCCAGCAAACAGAGGCACAACAAACUGUGGCGAUCGCACUCUGACAGCGACCUCUCCGAGCACCAUGAGCCGCUUUCUAAAUCUCACGCCCAGCCGCACAGCCUGGGUCACUCCGACCCCCAUAACCAGGCCGGCAGCACGACCGGCUCCUCCAUGAAGGGGCUGCUGGAGUCAAUGGGAACUCCGAGCAACACUGGAAAACCAGCACACUCCUCCAGCCAGCCUGAUACUGGCAUCCAGUCCAAUCAGCUCAGCUCCACAACCACAGAGGGAGUGGCAGCUGAGGCUCCCUCUCACUCUGCUGUAGUCCAGAUCAGCCAGUUGGACUCCCCUUGUCCUGAGUCGUCUGCGUCUCAGUUAUCUCCCCCGCUCUCCAACGGUGUGUGUCACUCCGAGGAGCAGCCCCCAACGCCUCCUCUCUCCCAGCCGAGAGCCGCCACUGUGGUGCCUGAGCUCCAAAAGACAGACAUGGUGACUGUUGCACAGAGUGUUGUAGUUGGCCAGCCUCACCCGCCUCCGUCCUUUCAUCACGUCCCCCUCACCCCCGCCCCGUCCCCAACUCCCACCUGCCUGGAUGAGGUUAUCAAACCACAGCCGUUGUCCUGCUCUCUGCCUAACAUGAAACCAAUGCUCGUGUCAGUGCCUGGGCUCAUGGCAACGCAAGCAACAAUCACACACCCGGCUGGACCCCAGUGUCUGUCUGCACCAGUGCCUGUCAAAAACCCAGACUGUGACCAGCAGAUGUGUGGCUUGUCUUUGGACGAUUUAACGGCCCAUUCUCCCUCCACUAGUGAUUUUAUCAGCUACCCCAGUGCCAUUCCACAAGACAGCGAGGUGUUGUUGGGCCACAGUGCAGAUCACAUUAACUUCUUCAGUGCCAGGGAAAAGUUUAAGGGAAUGAGUCGAGAUGGUAAAAGCUGCCAGCUGAAGAGUUGUGGCAAGGAACAGCAACCGCUGCCUCAGGACGUCUCCACCUGUGAGGGGAAGGAGGAGAAAAGAAAGGAAAUGGCCGUCCCUGUGCAGGUCACAGGACUGAAGCCUGCAGGGCACACAGAGGCUUCACCUCUUGGCCAGCUGAAGCCGCAGGGUCCUGAAGACCAGGAAUCAAGGAGGUCCAGCCAGGAAAUAGAUGCUACAGAUGUUCUAUCACACACGGAGGCUGAGAAUGGCAAACAUGAAGUGAAAGACAAAGACGAGGAGGACGCAGCUCCUGCUGGUCUCUACAGCGACUGGACCAGGGGGUCCGUGCGACGAGUCACACGACAGCUGGAGCAAAGAAUGAAGCAGGAGCACGAGACUCCGUCACCCUCGUCAUCUCCACCGGCCCUCUCCGGCAGCUCCUCCUGUUCUCAGCAGCAUCCACUCAGCGUCCAUCCCAAAGCCAUGUCCAGUUCCCAGGACGCAUCAGUUUGCUUGGAGGUGUCAGUCGUCAGAAGCAUGCAGGAGGAGCACGAGGAGGCUGAUGGGAAGGUUGGAUCAGUUCCAGUUGAGAUGGAGGCACUACGAAGUGAUAAGAAAAGCACAAAAGGACACAAAACCCAGCCUGCUGAAACUAGAUUGCUCUCUACCUCUUCUUUCCACCGCUCCGCUCAGUCUCCCUUCGCCUCCGUCAACUUCCUGUGUCUGGAAGGCGUGACGGAGCUGGAAUCAUGCACAGACUGGGACUGCUCCACAGAGGGACCCUACAGUGACAUCAUCAUGAGGGAGACAUGGGAGACUCUGUGCGAGCUGGGUGCCUUCCUACAGCAGGUGAGCGGGGGAGGAGUUCACAAGGCCAGACAUGUGGACCAGGUGUUUGAUCUCAGUGGUCGAGCCCCUCAGAAGCGAGGCAGCAGCAUCCAGAAGAGGGUCAGAGAGGUGGAGGCCAGAAUUCGGCAGGCGGGACUGACCCCUCCGUCCCUGAUGAAGCGCUCAGCUUCUCUGGCCAAACUGGGUUGUCUGGAGCUGCUCGCCAACGACCUGAGCGAUUGGGAGCUCAGCCGCUCCUCCUCCGUAGCCCCGUCCUCAGCAGAACCUCCGAUCCACACCGUCACCGACGAGUCCAAGAAGCAGCGGGUCCACAACUCCCCCUCCUCAGACGGCCAGCAGCCAGAAGUCCACGGGAUCGGUGUGGAGAGGCUUUCUGAUGCUGCGGAAACCUCACCGCCUCCAUCAUCUCCACCAUCGAACCCGCAGGGAGGACAGCUGCCCAGCUCUGACCAAGACUCUCUGCAUUUCUCUGGGCCAACUCUCAUAACAACAAGGCAGCAAUAUGGAAGGACUCAUCCCCUGAGGCGGCUCAAGAAAAGAACUGUUAGUACCCUUUACCACACCAUGUAACCCUCACUGUGUGUGUCUGUGUGAGUGUGAGAGAGAGAGAGAUCAUGCACACCUGUGAGAAAUGGAAAUUAAUGUUUAAAAUGUAUUCAGCAACACAAACCGAUGCCUCUUGCCUUAAAGGAUAUUUUAAGUACUUUGUUUUUUUCCUGCAGAUCUGCCAAGAGCUCCUGUGAAAUCUGCGCAAUGAGAUACUUGUCUCGGUGCAAGAACAGUGACAAGGCUAUGACGGCUCUGGUCAAAUGAAAUAUUAAAAAAAAAAAAUAAAUGCUGACUGUAAUUGGAAGAGACGCCUUGUGGUGUAAACACCUUCAGAUGACGUUCAAAAAGCAGCAAAAACAAUCAGACACGAUGGAAACAGGCCUGAGCCUGCACACACACACACACACACACACACACACACACACACACACACUCUUUACAUCACUGCUGGUUUCUCCAUCAUCAACUUGAUAUUUACUUGAUCGCUGUUGGUUGAUUUGAAUAGUCUGACCUGGUGUUAGGUGGAAUGUAGCCUCUGUUUUCCUCUUCUCAUGUGGGUUCACGUCUCUUUAUCAAAACAUGCUGAGCUGACAAGAAAAAUGACGCAGCUGUUCCUCUGGUACAAUCUGAGGUCAACGAAUCAGUUUAACACUCAAACAGACUCUCAAACCUGCAGAUUUGGUUCAAGUGAGGAUAAACUUUUAUUCAUUUGGCAGAAAUACUUGAAAUACUGACACAUAGUACCAAUCAAAAACUAAUUCUGCCACCUUCAGACUGGUUUUGAGCAGCAGCUCUGUUUGAAACGGAUGAAUGUUUUUUUUUUUUCCCCUGUAGGAAAAGUAACCAGAGCUGGUGACACAGCUGCUUAUUGAAUCAAAAUGCGAAGAGAAGAGGCAUGCUGUCCUGUCUUUUUUUUUUUUUUUAAUUUUUAAAUACAAUGUUUGUUUUGACUACACAAUACCUCAGUCAGUCCGAACCAAAUCUGACCUGCACAAACGUCAGGCUCGGGAAUCCUGGAAUGUCAGUCAGAACCAUCUUUCACCUCUACGACUCGAUAAACUGAAGUAAAACUCAUCUCUCUCGUGUCCUCUCACAGUUCCGAUGCCACUCAAAACUCGACAUUUUUGUAUGUAUGUAUGUAUUUGUGUGUGUGUGGGGGGGGGGAGUUGAAGGCAGAGUGUAUAUUUGUGAGUUUUCUGCCGUGUUUCUCUUUGAGAUGUAAAGGUCUAUAUUGUGAGUGUCGACAUUUUAGGAGCUGUACAUGUUUUUAUAUCUGGUUCGUGUCUGUGUGUGUGUGUGUGAGUGCGACUGUGCAGCACAACUUUACCACGUGGGUGUGUACAUUUUAUUUUAUUUUUUAAACUGAGGUGUUUUUUUUUAAAUUUUUUUCUCUUUUUGUACACAUUUGUAGGAGUGUGCCUGUGACUGGCAACUGAAGUUUUCUCUGCAGUCUAUCAGAAAUGUCUGUACAGGGAGGUCUGUCAUACAUGCACUUUACUCCCUUUUUCUUUUUAAUGUUGUUGUGUUUUUUUAAUGUAUGGUUGCUACUCUUGGGGAGCAUGCUUAGGUGGUAGCAGCUGUUGGGUGUGUGUGUGUGUGCGCGUGUGUGUGUGUUGUCAAAAACUGACUUUUUUUUUGUUUUUGUUUUAUUUUAAACUAUCAUUGUAAAUAGACUUUUAUAUCCUGUGCUUCAACUGUGACCAUUAAACGAUGGAAGUUA